AUGGUCCCACUUAAUUUUAGCUUAACUGUAAAGACCUUAGCAUUUUGUCUAGUGCAACAUCGCAACAAGACUGUCAAGGUAUCCGCAUACCGUCGUCCGGCACGAGCGUCUCCAACGGGCCAGGCGCGCAAGGCACACAUCGGCGUGAAGCGGCUCUCCGCGGAGUAUGUAUCGCCAGGAGAUGUGCUAGUGAAGCAGCGGAAGACGAUCGCGCAGAAUCCAGAUGUUACGCGUAACCGGCACUUCAAGAUCUACCCCGGCGAGAACGUCGGGGUAUCUUCGAAGACAACCACGCUUUUCGCGCUCGCCGCAGGUCGUGUGAAGUACACGCACGACGUAUAUCGCAACGUUAAACUUGUUAACGUGCUGCCCGAGCCGCCGGACGAGUUGCUACGCGAGGAUUUGUGGCGCUACCGCACGGAGCAUGUGUCUAGCGUCCAGGACAACUGCGCAUUGGUGUGGCGCCGUGUGAAGAGCGCCCACUACAUGUUGCAUGCCGACAAACUGGUGAACCCGCCACGCAAACCGCCACCAAGGGCGCGGUUCCUAUCACGCAACGACCCCUGGAACAACCAGGCCUACCCCGACCUGCCCAUUAACUACAGGUUCCCGCCGAAAUGA